AUGUCUACCUCAGACGCAGUCACGCUAUUUGAUGCUGGGGCUGGUCAAUCCCAAGGUGGUAGGAAGCACCAAGAGGAUCGUUGCGCGGUGAUCUUUCCGGAUCAGUUUCCUUCGAACAUGAAGGACAAAGUUGCAUUCUUCGCAAUCUAUGAUGGGCACGGCUCUGGAUUGGUUUCAGAACAUGUCAAUGAUAGUCUCCACCACCUGCUUGGACGGCGUCCGGAGUUUGAACGAGAAGAUUGGGCCGGAGCUAUCAAGGCAGCACUGGCGGAGGAAGACAGCCUUCUGUUGGAUAGGUUCAAGCAUGAAUCUUCCGAGCCUGCCAUUUCGGGGUCGACCGUGGCAAUAUGCUGCAUUAAUCUCACCAAGGGUGAGCUGGUCGUUUCCAAUCUAGGUGACACGCAUGUUAUCCUGGCCGAGCGGGACCAGAAAACAGAGCACCCGUAUCACAUUCGACGUCUCACAGAGGCUCACAAGCCCGGUACUCCCAGCGAAAAGACACGAAUUGAGCAGGCAGGCGGUGUAGUUGUUGACCGCAGCGGCACACAGCGACUUGGCUCCUUGAACAUGUCUCGAGCAUUAGGUGACUUGCAGUACAAAAAUCCGGUGAAUACUUUCACGGAUACCUCCGUAUCAGACCCCGCCUCAUCAGCUACAAGCCGAUCGGAAACUCGGGGUAACUUCCUAUCCAAUGAUCCAUAUACGUCGCGACGGACAUUGUACACAGACCGCCGUUACCUGUUACUGGUGGUGUCCGACGGAGUUACCGAUCGAGUGGACGACACGAACCUAGUUCAACACGUGAUGAAAUUAUCGAUGCGGGGAAAACGAGCGAGUGAAAUUGCACAAGACAUCGCGACCAAUAGUGCUAGCAAGCCUCACAGUGACAAUGCAACAUGCAUUGUAGCGAUGUUGGAUGGACAGGGAUCGUGA